AUGGCACGCCCAUGGUCUUUUGUAUGUCGCUGGCAGACUAUCUUGGCUUUACUAUCAGGCGUUUUCAUUUCCACUGCAAUAUCCAUCCCAGAUGGUACCAAUGCGUAUGGCUCGUUCAUUUCUCGCGAUGUCAGAGAAGCAGUGCCAGACUAUGUGAUUCAUCAUGCGCCACUGAUAUGGCUACACUCAGACGACCCAUUUCGCCCGGCAGAUAUACUCGAACAUGUUCGCCAUACUACGCCGAUGGUGCACAUGGAGCCCAUCAGGGGACUGCCACAACUUGAUCUCGACAAUUUGGCGCUGCUCAACGAUUAUUGGAACAACGGUCCAGUUUCACUGACUGCAAAUGGCGACAUCACCAGCCUUCCUGCUUGGCUUCUUGGAGAGACGCCAGACGAGUCGGGAAAGCUCCACAAUGCCACCUCUUGCGUUGUCAUCACCGUCGAUCGGGGCUCAGAAGAUCUGGAUGCCUUUUACUUCUACUUCUACUCGUACGAUCAAGGGGCAAACAUCACACAAGUUCUACCACCUAUGAAUGGGCUGAUAGAAGACACUGAGCACGGGAUGCACUUUGGCGAUCAUGUUGGUGACUGGGAGCAUAAUAUGAUUCGAUUUCACGACGGGAAACCUACCGGUAUCUAUUACAGUCAACACUCUUCGGGCUCUGCCUACAAAUGGGAUGACAAGGCCCUAUCCGUGGAGAAUGGCCGGCCCAUAGUUUACAGCGCAUGGGGUUCUCACGCGAACUGGGCAUCUCCUGGAGAUCACGUUCACGACUCGGUCUUGUUAGACUACUGUGACGCAGGUCAAAUUUGGGAUCCUGUUUCCUCAGCAUAUUACUACAAUUUCGAUCCCGAAACGUCGCUAUUAACGAGCAUAUUUCCAGCCGGCAUGGAACGUUCCACCAACCUGACAUCGUUCUUGUACUAUUCCGGCAUAUGGGGAGAUUUUCAGUAUCCCGACGACCAUCCACGCCAGAAGAUUGUGCCGUAUUUCGGCCUGAAGCGAUACGUAUCCGGCCCGACGGGACCGACCACGAAGCAGCUUGUCAGAAAAGGACUUUUCCCCGACCACCCAGAGAGGAAGAAUUUUUUGCAGUGGGGAGUUAGCAUAUUCAUGUCGCUGUAUCCAUGCUGUUUUCGGGGAUGGAGAGCCUGGAUUUCUGGCAUCGCCUUCAUUGGGAUAUUGAUCUGCUUUGUCCUUGGGAUCAAACGCUCUUUGAAAUGGGCCAGGGCGCGUAAAGAGGGAUACAAGAAGAUCAGCACUGAAGAAAGCAUGCCAUUGCGGGAACUAGAUUACCUAGAGGACAGAAGUUCAAAUCAUCGGGACUGAGAGAAAGGGCUUAGAGCGCCUGCUCCGUGAUGCGAAUCUCGGACGAUUAACUGACGGAUUCAGGCGAGGGUAGUAUUCAGCGCCAAAGAUCUUUGGCUUGAGUAACUUGUAACAUAAUUAGAUCUAGUAUGAAUCACAUGCA